AUGGGGCUCCAUCUGCCCCUCACCUACUCAUUCUGUGUCAAAUUCUCACCAUGGUCACGUUCUCCCUUCCGAUUCCUGUACGCCAUUCCCUUCUGUACAGACAUCAAUGGGGCCCUUCAGAUGGCCAUCCGGCUGCUCAGUGACUAUGUGACCCACAGUGACAUCGAAAACAGGGGUGUGUCCCUCAUCGUCUUUCUCACAGAUGGGAAGCCCACCUUUGGGGAGACCAGCACCCCAAAGAUUCUCAGCAACACCAAAGAGGCCACCCAAGGCCAGAUCUGCAUCUUCACAGUUGGCAUUGGCAAUGACAUGGACUUCAAACUACAGGAGAAACUGUCACUGGAGAACUGUGGCCUCACCCGGCGGGUCAGCGAGGAGGAGAACGCAGGCGCACAGCUCAUUGGGUUCUAUGAUGAGAUCAGGACGCCUCUGCUCUCCGACAUCCGCAUUGAUUAUCCCCCUGCCUUAGUAGAGCAUGCCACCAAAACCCUGUUCCCCAACUACAUCAACGUCUCCGAGAUCGUCAUAGCUGGGAAGCUGGUGGACAGGAAGUUGGAUCAGCUGCAUGUGGAGUUCACUGCCAGCAACAGUAAGAAAUUCCUCAUCCUGAAGACAGAUGUGGCUGUGGAGACCCAGAAGGUGGGGAAUGACAUCACAGGAAGCCCCAGGUCCGCAGGUGAUGGUGAAGAGGACUCCAACUACAAUGAGUGUCUCUGGAGCUACCUCACUGUGAAGGAGCUGCUGAGCUCCUCGCUGCAGAACCAUAACAGACAGAAGGAACAACUAAGACAGAAGGCCCAGGCUCUAGCCAUGAGCUCCCACUUUCUCACCCCCUUCACCUCCAUGAGGCUGAGGAAGCCGCAGCUUCACACAGACACACUGGAGGACCCCCGGGGCAUGUCUGCCGUGACAGGGCCUGAAACGGUGGUACAGAGCCUUCGAGGAACAGGCAUGCAGCCAAAACCUGCACUCAAGAAGCCAUAUGACUCACGAAUUAAAAUCUCUAAAGCCUCAGUGGAUGGAGAUCCUCAUUUUGUUGUGGACUUCCCCUCGAAAAAACUCACUGUCUGCUUUAACAUUGAUGGAGAGCCUGGAGACAUCCUGCGGCUAGUCUCUGAUCACAUGGACUCUGGAGUGACAGUGAAUGGAGAGUUGAUUGGGGCCCCAGCUCCUCCAAACGGUCACAAGAAACAACGAACUUACUUCCGCACCAUCACUAUCCUCAUCAACAAGCCCCAGAGGUCUUACUUGGAGAUCACACCAAACAGGGUCAUCUUGGAUGGUGGAGACAGGCUGGUCCUCCCCUGUAACCAGAGUGUGGUGGUGGGGAGCCAGGGGCUGGAGGUGUCUGUGUCUGCCAAUGCCAAUGUCACUGUCACCAUCCAGAGCACCAUUGCCUUUGUCAUCCUUAUUCACCUCUACAAAAAGCCAGCGCCCUUCCAGCGAAACCACCUGGGCUUCUACAUUUCCAACAGCAAAGGCCUUUCCAGAAACUGCCAUGGAUUGUUGGGUCAGUUCCUGAACCAGGAAGCCAAACUCACAGAAGAAUCCACAGCAUACAGCAGAAAUCAUACCACCAAUCCUCCCCACCCUCAGGCAGGAGGAGGAACAUCUGAAACCAUCCUAAAGGUGAAAGGGCACCAUGUCCCAGUGGUCUGGAAACAAAGGAAGAUUUACAACGGGGAAGAGCAGAUAAACUGCUGGUAUGCCAAGAACAACGCAGCUAAGCUCAUCGACGGGGACUAUAAAGAUUACUUGGCAGCUCAUCCGUUUGACACAGAGACAACAUUAGGGAUGUCCAGGAGAUCUGAAGUUGACAGCCACAAGGAUGGGAGUCCAUGAAAGGGCAGCGACUUUGGGGACACGGUGGUGCAUACAGCUCUUCUUGUUGCUUGUGCGUGCCUUGGCUCUUGCAUUAAGAGGCACUCCAUAGCCUGCCCCUGGUGGAGAGGAAGUCUAAUGUCUGCUUGAGCAUGGUGUAGGGGCAGGAAGCUUGAGUGAACCUAAUCCCUUCUCUUUCUUCUUCCUCUUCCUCUCUUUCCCCAGUUCUCCAUCUAUACUAGUUAAAAGAAAUAGUGCCGAGGAGAAAAGCUCAUUGUUAAACACAAGAAAAUUUAUAUCUUUAAUCAUCUGGCUUGUACAUCUCAUAGCUGAUUAGAACACUUCCUGAUGAGUCAAGGGUGCUGUGAAGUUUGCUCUGUCACAAUGGCCAUGUUUGGUUGCUCUGUUUUGUGCCUUAUGCCCACGCACGGCAAUCUCUCUAUCUAGUACUGUUGCAUUUUCCAGAUGGGUGGCUGACCUCCUCCUUCAGGGACCCCUGCCUGGAGUCUAGGCCACUGGUCAUGCAAACAGCAAAUUAAUUAGAUCACUGCAAAUGAUUAGCUCUUUCCUUAGGAGGGGAUUUUUUUUUCUGCUGUGGAAUCAUGCCCUUCAAAUUAUUUUUUUCUCUUAGAAAUAGGAAACUACAUCCUAGAUGCUAAUGUCUUUUCUAAGAGACGCUGUAGAACACUUGACUUUGCUGGUGACUAUUCUCCAAUU